AUGUCGGAGUUUAAUAUUACAGAAACUUAUCUGAGGUUUCUAGAAGAAGAUACUGAGAUGACAAUGCCGAUUGCUGCCAUUGAAGCAUUGGUCACAUUAUUAAGAAUAAAAACACCAGAAACAGCGGCGGAAAUGAUUAACACAAUAAAGAGUUCCACGGAAGAACUUAUUAAAUCCAUUCCGAAUUCGGUAUCCUUGAGAGCCGGUUGUGAUAUUUUCAUGAGGUUUGUCUUAAGAAAUCUUCAUUUAUACGGUGAUUGGGAAAACUGUAAACAGCACUUAAUUGAGAACGGUCAACUUUUUGUAUCGAGAGCCAAAAAAUCACGUAACAAAAUUGCAGAAAUAGGGGUAGAUUUCAUAGCUGAUGAUGAUAUCAUUUUGGUACAUGGUUAUUCGAGAGCAGUAUUUUCGUUAUUAAACCACGCAGCAAAUAAGUUUAUUAGGUUUAGGUGCGUUGUGACAGAAUCAAGGCCAAGUAAACAGGGGAACCAGUUAUAUUCUUUACUUGAGCAAAAGGGCAUACCUGUGACCCUUAUUGUCGAUAGCGCGGUUGGGGCAGUAAUCGACAAAGUCGACAAAGUGUUUGUUGGUGCUGAGGGUGUGGCAGAAUCAGGUGGUAUUAUAAAUCUCGUAGGUACUUAUUCAGUGGGUGUUCUAGCACACAAUGCAAGAAAACCAUUCUACGUGGUCACCGAAAGUCACAAGUUCGUUCGUAUGUUUCCAUUGUCUUCCGAUGACUUACCUAUGGCCGGCCCUCCUUUGGAUUUCACACGCCGUACAGACGAUUUGGAAGAUGCAUUGCGUGGGCCCACUAUCGACUAUACCGCACAAGAAUACAUUACUGCAUUGAUCACAGACUUAGGGGUCCUAACUCCAAGUGCCGUUUCAGAAGAGUUAAUCAAGAUGUGGUAUGAUUGA